AUGUUUAUCCUUUCAAAAUUUGUCAUGUCACAUCUUGUCGUGGCAGAGUCUUUGCAGUCAUAUACUCCUCCUUGCCAUGAUGAUGAGAUCUCUGCCUUACUGCAAUUCAAGCAAAGCUUUGUCAUUAACAUGUCUGCUUCAAGUUAUGAGGGUGCUUAUCCAAAGAUUUCUUCAUGGAAAUCAAACAACAAUUGUUGCUCAUGGGACGGGAUCGAGUGCGAUGAGGAGACUCAUCAUGUGAUUGGACUUGAUCUUAGUAGCAGUUGUCUCUAUGGCUCUAUCAACUCCAACAACACCAUCUUCCACCUUGUUCAUCUUGAGAGCCUCAACCUUGCUGACAAUGAUUUCGAUUCCUCUCAAAUUCCUCAUACCAUUAGGAAUUUUCCAAAGCUCAGGUAUCUCAACCUCUCUUACUCUGUGCUUUCUGGUCAAGUCCCGUCUGAAGUUUCACAAUUGACCAAGUUGUCAUCCCUUGAUCUAUCUCACAAUGGUGAUAUGUUUUUGAAUGAAGAUUUGUUAAGAAGCCUACCUCAAAACUUAACUGGCCUAAAAACACUUGAACUUCCUUCCAUUAAAAUAUCAUCCACAAUACUUAAUAUCUUCGCCAAUUUUUCACAUUUGACAUCCCUCGUCCUAGCUGAAUGCGGCAUGUUCGGCAAAUUACCAUUUUCUCUUGGUAAUCUGAGACAUCUCAUCCAUUUGGACCUUUCAUCUAAUGAGUUCAAUGACCAAAUUCCUUCUUCAUUUGCCAAUCUUACCCAGCUCGCAGUACUUCGUCUUAAUUCAAAUCAAUUAUCUGGUCCAAUCCCAUCUAGUCUAGGUAAUCUUGGCAAACUUACUGUUCUAGAUCUUAAUUUCAAUAAAUUUCAAAGGGAGAUUCCUGAGUCAUUAUUCAAUGUAGCAAGUCUCAAUAGACUUCUUCUAGCUUAUAAUAAUCUCAGUGGUACAGUGGAGUUCCACAAACUUCUUAAGCUACCAAAUUUAAAGUGGCUAGAUCUAUCUGGUAACAAUUUGGAUGUGAUCACUGAAACCAGAAAUAUGAAUGCAUCUAGCAUUCCAAGGUUAGAGUAUCUAGGAUUGGGUUUGUGCAACAUAAGAGAGUUCCCAAAUUUCCUAAGAUAUCAAGAUACAUUAUUUUACUUGAACCUUUCUUGGAACGGAAUGCAUGGCCAAGUACCAAAAUGGAUGUGGAACACAACCAGAGAGUCUUUGGAGUUCUUGGACAUUUCUCAUAACCUCCUUUCAGGCUUUGACCAGCCUCCGGUUGUCCUUCCCUGGGUUAACCUAGUUGGGCUAGAUCUUUCGUUCAACAGGCUUAGUGGGCCAUUGUUGGUACCUUCGUUUCAAUCCAUGAAAUUCUAUCAGAUUUCAAACAACAAAUUGACUGGAGAAAUUUCACCUUUGAUUUGUAAUGCCAGUUUUCUUAUUUCCCUUGAUGUAUCAAAUAACCAUUUGAGUGGUAUGCUUCCCCGGUGUCUCGGAAACUUCAGUAGUGAUCUUGAAGUUUUAAGUGUUGGAAACAACGAUUUUCAUGGCACUCUUCCUCAUAUAUGCCCCACCAAUGGAAGCGAUUUGAUAAUGAUUGAUAUCAGUCGUAACCAAAUGCAGGGGAAAUUACCGAGGUCAUUGGCGAAUUGUUUGCAGCUCGAGUUUCUCGUUCUUUCAAGCAAUAAGUUCGAUGACGUAUUCCCCAUUUGGUUGGGAACUCUUUCAAAAUUAAGAGUUUUGGCAAUGAGCAAUAGUGGGUUCCACGGUGCUAUUCCGAGACAUCAAAGCUCUCAUGAUGGUUUCCCCAAUUUGCGCAUCCUUGAUCUGUCCCAAAAUAAUUUUACCGGUCAGUUUGCAUUUGAAUUCAUCCUCUCUGGAAAAGCAAUCAGAGGUAUCCAUCUAUACGGAUCGAGGUACAUGAGUGCACUUGGAAUCGCACAUUACACCGAUGGUUGGUAUUUGAUAGCCAUUUACAGGUAUGAGUACUCAAUCACGCUGAUGAAUAAAGGUUUAGAGAGAUACUUCCAAAAGGUUCGUGAAGACUUCAUGGCCAUCGAUCUGUCGAGCAAUAGAUUUGAAGGCAAGAUUCCAGAAUUUAUUGGGAACCUAAAGGGGCUUCGCUCACUUAAUGUAUCCAGUAACAUUCUAACUAGCCGCAUCCCACCAUCGUUGGGAAACUUGACAAAUCUUGAAGCUUUGGAUCUUUCACAUAACAAGUUCUUGGGUGAGAUCCCUCCAUCACUGUUGCAGCUUUCAUUCCUCCAACAAUUCAGCGUCUCGCACAACAAUCUCACAGGUCGAAUACCGGUUGGAAACCAGUUUAGUACCUUCGACAUCACUUCAUAUGAGGGCAACCCAGGUUUGUGUGGAUCUCCAUUGCCAAAGAAAUGUUCACGUCUUGAGGGGCCUGAACUUCUAACUUCAACAGCAGAAGAAGAUGGAGUUGAAUUGGAUUGGAAAUUUGCUGCGGCGGGGUUAGUGAGUGGGUUGGUGGUGGGAGUGGUUCUUGCAGACUUUGUGAUCACGAGGUUCACGGAGCGUUUCAUUGAGAUCGUUGCAUUGCUGAUCAGACUGAUGAAAAGGAUGAGAAGGCCCAGGAGUUGA